GUCCUCGGACUUCGACAAGAGUGAAAUUUCCUGGCUUGGAGGCGCAUCGCGCUUGUCUUUAGUAUUCUUCGGAUCGGAGUCGGGGGAGAGGAUGGAAGCCGUGCCGAGGCUCCCGAUGGUCCACUUCGACCUGAAGACCCCCUUGGAUCGACCUUUGGAUUUCACCAAAGUGAAGCAGUACAUCAGGGAGUUCUACAACGAAGACCCCGAGUCGUACAACUCUGAGAUCAGGAACCUGGAGAGCCUCAGGGCGACCGCCGUCCGACCUGUCAAAGACGUGGCCGGCUGCUCCGUACUCAAAAAAUACUUCUGCCAGCUCCACUUUCUCCAGAGCAGAUUUCCGAUGGGCAAAGAAGGAAAAGCGGCCAUCAACUUUUCCUGGAAAGACGCCUAUGGACAUUCUGUAACUACGGCUGCAGACAUAAAAGUGGAAAUGGUCGCAGUAUUGUACAACAUAGGAGCACUUCACUCUCAGCUGGGUUCGGCUGAUGAUCGGACAUCAGCAGAAGGCCUGAAAUUGGCAUGUACUCACUUCCAAUGUGCAGCCUGGGCAUUUCAACAUUUGAAAGACAGUUAUCCUCAACCGGCUGGUAUGGAACUGUCACCUGACGUUAUGCAGUUUAAGUACCAUCUGUGCCUCGCUCAAGCCCAGGAGUGCAUUCUUGAGAAGAGUAUGACAGAUAAUAGAAAAGCUACUAUAAAUGCAAAAGUUGCCACGCAGAUAGUCGAUUAUUACAAUUUGGCUUUAAAUGCACUUCUCCAGCCCCCUGCUCAGGACGAUCCAGCCAUCCAGGACAUAGUGGGCUCCAAAGUCUUUAAAAAUUGGAAAAAAUAUAUGAAGUUCAAAGUGGCGUAUUACUGCAGCAUAUCACUCUUAUAUCAAGGAAUGCAGUCCGAAGAACAGCAGAAGAUGGGGGAGCGGGUCGCCUAUUUUCAGGGUGCUCUCAACAAGCUUAUGGAAGCUAUUAAGCUCUCUAAAGGGCUUGAUCAAUCUGAGGCUGUCAUGGAGACACUCGUCUUUACUAGAGAUGUCGUCGAAGGAAAGAGAAAAGCAGCUAAAAAUGAAAAUGAGUUUAUAUACCAUGAGGAAGUUCCUGAGUUGGACUCCUUGCCGAAUGUGAAAGGAGCGUCUUUAGUUAAAGGAAUUCCAUUCAGUGUUAAUGAUCAGGAAAUUUCUGGUACAGAUAUCUUUUCUAGGCUGGUACCUAUGAGAGCCCAUGAAGCUUCUUCUCUUUAUAGCGAAGAGAAAGCUAAAUUAUUAAGAAGAAUCAGUUCGCUCAUAGAUUCUAAAGAUGAAGAAAUUGUCAGUUUUAUGUCUUGCCUGCAGCUGGAGUAUUUGAAAUCACAUUUGGAGUCUACUAAUCUCCCUCAAGAAGUGGUGGAUCGUUGUGCUGCUCUCAGUGCCAUGCCUGACGCCAUUCCAAACUUAAUGGCAGCCAUGGACAAGCUGAACGAAGCUUAUCAACACAUUGAUGGAAUGCUUAAAGAAAUAAAUGAGCUGAUUAAGGAAGAAGAAAUAGCAGAAAAAGAAUACCAAAGUAUAAUGGGUUCUAGACCACCUUCGAUAGUUGCUACUGAUUUGACCAGAGAAGCAAACAAAUAUACAGAGGCACAUAAAAAGGCAGCUGAAUCAAACGAUACUUUACACAAAGCAAUGACACAGCACAUUGAAAAUAUGCGUGUCCUUCAAAAACCUUUGUCUGAAAUCCAAUCUGGACUUCCUAAUUUAUCACCUUUGAAUUUGCACGAAGAUCAGAGUUUAAAUGAAGUCAUUACAUUGGUAAAUAAAGUGAACGAAAUGAGAAAACAACGUGCUAUGCUGGCAAGCCAGUUACGUGAAUCGGUAUGUAGUGAUGACAUAACUGGGCAAUUAAUAACAAGGGCAGAUGAAAAAUUGGAAGACAUCUUUAGUAAAGAAAUGCAGAAACAUGAUAAAUAUGUUAUGUUUAUUGAGCAGAAUCUUGCCGCUCAGGAAAAUAUCAUUCGAGCUUUAACCGAUGCUUAUGCUAAAUAUGCACCAACAAGAAAAGCGACGACAGAAAUAAUGCGACAGAGGGAUACCAUGUUGACAGCAUUAAUAUCCUCUUAUGAUGCUUAUGAAGAUCUCCUUGCUAAAUCCAGCAAAGGUCAAGAUUUUUAUCGAAAGCUGGAAACAAAUCUGACAAAACUGCUUCAGAGGGUUAAAGGGACCUGCAAGGUGCAGCAGGAAGAGAGAGAUUCAAUUUUGGAACAGAACAGCAAAAAGGCAUUGAAAAUUGCUGAGGCCGCUACCGCAUCGACUGAAUCAGUUUCAAAAUUGAAGUAUUACCUUCAGAAUAAAGAGACCACCAUCCCUACAUCACCGUAUUACUCUCCGAUUACAACAAGUGCUGAAUCGAAUAAAACCUGGCUUCCUGGUGUCCGACCGGCCCCUGUCGGUUCUGAAGGGAAUUCAAGUUUAUCCAAACCAGCUGACCCAACACAAGUUGCAUCAGUUUAUAACUCACAGUCGUAUUACAAUUCUUAUCCACCCAGUGCCUUGUACCAGUAUCAUAUGGAUGCCAGCAAGGCUUAUGCAAAUCCAAGUGCUUAUUAUUAUCAAACAUUAUAUGCGCAAAAUUCAGCUCUAAAAUCAUUGCAAUACCCUUCAAUGCCAGACGGUUCACAGAGCCAGGAAGAACCGUAUGACAGCUAUAAACAAAACACUUAUAACUAUAAUGUUCCAGUUAACACUGCAGCAUACAGAACAGAUCAUGAUUAUUCAGCACCUGCCCCGUCGUCGGGCUACUCGUCGUCUUCUUCGUCUACCCCAAAACACAUUCCACCUCAACAAACACCGCAAGAACAAUAUUCUCAGCAGGGUUAUCCCACAACUGCAGUGGUCCAACAGACAUUCCCGGCAGAUGCCCCUGCUACAUCCCAACCAAAUUAUUCACUCGGCAUUUCUCAGCAAGCCUCUCCUGUUACUACCACGUCUACAACACAUCAGCAACCUUAUACGAGCGGAGUGUCACAGCCUUACCCUGGCCAAGUUACUUCUCCUGUCAUGCCCCAGCAGAAUUAUUCAGAUGGCACUUCACAACAGACCUACACAGGGCAGGUUUCGUCAUCUCUUCAGCUGCAAAAUUACUCGGGCAGCCCCUCACAACCUGCCUAUCAAGGCACAACCGGCACUUUUACUGCAGGUGCAAUGCAACAAACAUACACAGUUCCAUCAUCACCUGCUAUCCCUCCCCAGAAUUACUCCAUUGGUACAUCACAGCAGAAUUACUCAGUGCCUGUUACAUCCCCCUCUACACAGCAAAAUUACUCUGUUGGCGUAUCCCAGUCAACUUACACAGUACCCGUUACAUCUACUGUACAACAGAAUUACACUGUUGGCGGGUCACAGGCCUACCAAGGGAUAGUAUCCGCUACCCCUCAGCAAAAUUACUCCCCUUUAAAUUACUCUCAGAGCCAGUCAUUACCAUCUCAGAAUUAUAUGACUGCUACCCAAAACCAAACAGUAUCGUCCACAUCACAACCUUCGGCAUCACCUAUACAUUCCAACUUAGACUCUGCAACAAACAAAUAUACCCAGCCUUACAAUCCGACCACAAAUGCUUAUACUCCUACAACCAGCACGGAUGGUCAAAACUACAGUGCAAAUUAUUCUCAUACGGCUUCUGCUAACUUCAGCACUACCUAUCCUUCUUAUACUGGUUACAACAAUUAUUUUACUUCUACUGCGGGAGCACCACAAGAAUGGUCACACCAAAUUGAUGAACAACAGAAAUCACAACAGUCGGGGUAUUACAAAGCUUAUGAAACGAGCAGUACUGGCCAACCAUAUUCAGGUUACAGCUAUACAAACACUUACCCACAGGCUCAGUUUCAGCAAACUCCAGGAACUGAUACGUCAUAUUAUUCUCGAGCUGGAAAUAAAAAUACAGUCGAUUCAACAGUUUCCCCGACUUAUGGGUCGUCGAAUGAAGCAAACUCUGAAUUAUCUCAGGCGAACAUGGCAAACUAUUACUCACAACCUUAUGGAUAUCAAUUUUAUGACAACUCGUGGACAUCAGAUUUUCAGAAUCAAAAUGCAAAUCCAAGUGUCGCAAGACAAAACAGUGUGACUUACAUGCAGUCAAACGUGAAGAAUAAUCUCACUGUGACUUACAGUCAACAGCAGCAUUCAUCCAACAAAGAAGCGUCAAAUGUUGAUCUUCUAGCUGGAUUGGACUUCAACGUGUCUGAUGCUCCUCUUCUGCCGACACAACCGGUUGACAAAAAUGCAGUGGACAAGACCCAGGAUCAGCUUAAAAAUUUAUCCAUAAGUGGAAACUCGCAGACACAAUCUUCAAAAUUGGCAGUCAAUAACAAUAAUCUAAAGAGUUUCGACCAGUCGCCUGCCAAGCCAGAACUGGUCGAAAGGCCUUCACCGAGCAAAACACCUAUCAAAGAUCCAUUUUCUGAUCCUGAUUCUCUGGCACAGUUCGUGCAAGAAGUAGAAAAGUUUGAGAAGUUUGUAGAGGGUUUGAACAGUAAAACGUUAAACGGACCGACAGCCCUCGAUUUAAAAUGGAACGAACUUCAAGAUAUUCAGGAAAAAGAUUCACAUAAGUUAAGCAUAUCAGUUGCAAGAUGUUACCCUAUGAAGAAUAGAUUUGCUGAUAUUUUACCAUUCGACAGUACCAGAGUUGAGCUCCCAUCUACCAAAGAUGACUACAUCAAUGCGUCUUUUAUUAAGGAAUUAGGUUUAGGAUGUCCAAAUUUUAUUAUGACACAGUCACCUUUACCAUCCACUUAUGCCGAUUUUUGGUGUAUGGUGUUGGAACAGCACGUCGAACUUGUGGUUUGCCUCGUCGCCGAAUGCCAGAUGAACGGUGAAAUUUACUGGCCUGUCAGCAAAACCGAAUACUUAAUGUUUGGUAAAGUGAAAGUAACUCUACAGAGUAGUAAUGUCCGAACUCAUUGGGUAGAAAGAAUAUUUUCUGUGUCAGAUGGAAAAACCUCAAUAGUUGUUAUGCAUUUAGAAUUCACGGCCUGGCCUCAUAAUUGGCUUCCCGAAUCGCCAGGGCCUCUCCUCAACCUCGUGAACGAGGCCCAUAGUGUCUGGUCGCAGCAGCGCGGCUGUGGACCGAUUGUGGUACACUGUCAGUCCGGCGUGGGACGUUCUGGAGUUUUCGUUUUUAUCGCAUUGUGUAUGUCGGAACUCAGACUUCCACCGAUCCAUCUACCUGAUACUAUUGGCUUGAUAGCAAAAAUUGGAAAACUGCGGAAAAACCCGUUGAGAGAUAGGCAACACCUACAGUUGGCCUACCAAUGCCUUUUAUACUAUGCUCAAGAUUUAUUAAUGAAGAGAGGAAUUUUGGCGAGCAGAUCAACAUUUGAAGAAAAACGUACAAAACCAAAAUCUCAUACUAGACACCCUUCUGAAGAUUUCUUGCUGAACACAAUAAAAGAUCAGGAAAGGCGGCAAUCAGAUGCAAGCAGUACAAGUAGUAGCUCGAAGCCAAAUGAAAAUGACCCUUUAAGUCAGAUUGAUCCAUUAUGGCCCAUCAAGCGAUACUCAUAACUUUAUUUCAAUCAAAAGGAUUUCCAUUCAAAAACUGCAUUAUUCCUGGGCUCUUGCGGUACUGUGAGUACAUUUGGAGAGUGUAAUCUCACAGUAUUUAAAUUUUGAGAUAAAGGGGAAACUCAAAUAUUGAACUGAUUAAAAGAAAAAAACAUUGCUAAUUUUUUUAAAAGAUAAAUAUUUUUAACUUAUUCGAUAAGAAGCGCUUUGUAAAUACCCGGAGUAAGUUAUUAUCAAGGGCAAUUUAUUUUUGUAUUGAGUAAUUAUUUAAUGGGGGGGGGGAGAAAAUAUUUGUGACUGAAAAAGGCAAUUUUGUUUUUUUAGCCUUAAAUGGAAAGUUUUAUCCAAAGUGUCAAAGUCUACAUAAUAAAAAUAAAUUAAACAUCCUUAUUUUAGUGUAUUGCUUUUAUUUUAGCUUAAUUCCUAUGCAGUAAUAUCAAUUUAUCAAGAAGUAAACUGUACUAUACAAAUGUUAUUGUUAAAAAUAUUAAGUAUUAUUUAAUCCUUAAUUUGUAAAA